AUGACCCCUUCGGAAGAUGUAGUCGACCAACCUAUACCUGCCGACGAUGCUUCUGUCGAGCCAGGGCGGUCCGCACCUGCGGAUACGUUAGACGCCGAGAUUGUGCCCAACGCCUCUCAACAUCGUUCCCUCAAGCACCAUCUGCUCGGUCCUUCUUUGACAAAAUCUGGACAAGAUGGUGUUGAUCAGAAGAAAGUGUCGGAAAUCAUAUACGAGGCCUCAAAAGGGUCGAAAUUCUUCAACAAUGAGGAGGUCAAGGACAAGAAUUUGACCGUCAAGAUUGAACGAAUCCUAAAACAAAAGGCUCAAUUGGAGAGACUCGAUCUGAAAUCAGACCUGAGACGAGCUGACGAUUAUAUUUCCUCAUUGGAGCUGUCAAGAGAUCUGUCACAAUACGUUGUGCAUAUCGACUGUGACGCCUUUUAUGCGGCCGUCGAGGAAAUCGACAGACCCGAGCUAAAACAUGUCCCCAUGGCAGUCGGGGGCGGUGUUCUCACAACGUGCAACUAUGAAGCUCGGAAGUAUGGAUGUCGAAGUGCGAUGGCGGGUUUCGUGGCGAAGAAACUCUGCCCUCAACUGGUUUGCUUGCCGCUAAACUUCGAGAAAUAUACGGCCAAAGCUAAGGAAGUAAGAGCAAUCCUCUCAGAAUAUGAUCCUCGAUUCGAAAGCGCGAGCAUCGAUGAAGCGUAUAUGAAUAUCACCGAGUACUGCGAAAAGCACAACAUUGCGCCUGAAGCCGCGGUCGAGCAGCUUCGAAACGAAGUCCAUGAGAAAUGCAAGAUCACCAUCUCAGCUGGGAUUGCACCGAAUGCUAAGCUAGCCAAAAUCUGCUCCAACAAGAACAAGCCAAAUGGACAGUUCAGAAUUCCCAACGAUCGAGGUGCAGUUAUGUCUUUCAUCUCUACCCUGCCAGUUCGCAAAGUCAAUGGGGUCGGCCGAGUAUUUGAGCGCGAGCUUGAUGCCAUUGGUAUCAAAACCUGUGGCGACAUUUACCCACAACGCGGCUACUUGUACAGGCUGUUUGGAGAGAAAGCGUUUCAGUUCCUCAUGCAGACAUCGCUUGGUCUGGGCAGGACGAAUGUUCAGCCAGCUGAAGAAUACGAGCGGAAAAGCGUCGGCACUGAAAGUACUUUCCGCGACACCAGCAGCAAGGAAGAAUUGCGAGAAAAGCUUCGCCAUACCGCCGAGGAACUCGAAAAGGACAUGGCAAGGGUCGAAGUCAAAGGUCGCACUCUCGUGCUCAAGAUCAAAUUGCACACCUAUGAGGUCUUCACUCGUCAGGUAGUUCCGCCCAAGGCUGUCCACCUCGCAGAAGACCUGUACAACUAUAGUCUUCCCAUGUUGGUCAAACUUGAAAAGGAAAUGCCUGACUUCCGGAUACGCCUCCUCGGUCUCCGUUGUACCCAUCUUGUUAGUACCAAAAAAGAUAAACCAGACUUCUUCCGACCUCGAAUAUCCAAAGGAAUGUCCAAUGAUCAAGCCACCGAUAAUGGCGGAUGGGAAGUCUGGCCGGAUUCUGAGUUCGAAGAAGCUGUCCGGCAAGAACGACAGGAAGAGAUGGAAGAACUUGAACGUCUGAGCCAAGAGCAGCAGCAAGCUGACGAUGGCGGCCUGGAAAACUCGGCCGCUGAUUGGCAUGAACCUUUCGGCCGAUACAAAUAUGGUAGCGAACCCAACUCUUUGGCUAAACACGGACGGGUGAGAAACGAGGGCCCGGGUUUGACGGCCAAAGAGAAACAAGAGCAGCUAUGGGAUUGUCCCAUAUGCCAGCUUCCUCAACCCGCUAACGAUCGAGAUUUUAAUUCCCACAUUGACCUAUGUCUUUCUCGCCAGACGAUCAAAGACGCCGUAGCAGAGGCACAGAUAUCUACAAAUGGAUCGUGUGCUUCACCUGAAGUAUCAAUUAUGCCUGGUCGACCACAAUCUAUGCCUGGAGUUUCUUCUGGACCCAAACCAGCCUCGAAGCGGAAAGCAGCUACAAGUGUCUUGAAUGGCAUGACUUCCGACGGCGUCACCGGGAGAAAGCAGAAGAAAUUGUUCUUUACUUGA